AUGGCCGACCACCUGAUGCUCGCCGAGGGCUACCGCCUGGUGCAGAGGCCGCCGCCCGGCGCGCCCUCCCACGGCCCCCACGCGCUCCGGACGCUGCAGCCGUACGCGGGCCCGGGCCUGGACAGCGGCUUGCGGCCGCGGGGGACUCCGCUGGGCCCGCCGCCGCCGCCCCCACCCGGGGCCCUGGCGUACGGGCCCUUCGGGCCGCCGCCUGCCUUCCAGCCCUUUCCGGCCGUGCCACCGCCGGCCGCCGGCAGCGCGCACUUGCAGCCGGUGGCGACGCUGUACCCGGGCCGCGCGACCGCGCCCCCCGGCGUCCCGGGAGGGCCCCAGUGCCUGCAGCCGGCGCCCGGCGCCCCGGCCCCACCGCCGCCCGCGCACGCCCUGGGCUGCAUGGACGCCGAACUCAUCGACGAGGAGGCGCUGACGUCGCUGGAGCUGGAGCUCGGGCUGCACCGCGUGCGCGAGCUGCCCGAGCUCUUCCUGGGCCAGAGCGAGUUCGACUGCUUCUCGGACUUGGGGUCGGCGCCACCCGCCGGCUCGGUGAGCUGCUGA